AUGACGCGGAUAGGAAGCGCCGCUGCUCGCGGGGCAGCGUGCGAUCAACGGUGCUUCUCAGACUGCAGCGCUCGCUGGCGGUGAAUGCGAAGGUCACCUCCGUUUCUUUAGCAGACUGGUACUGGGUGCUUGUAAUUCCUCUGCUGCCACUGAGAAAGAAAGCAAUGGACAACUUUGAUAAUUUCAGUGCGUCGGAGAAGGCAGAGGCGACAGAGCUGCAGCGUAUGAUCGCCAUCGAGCAGCAGAAAGCGCAGUUCCAGGCUCAGGUGCACAGUUUCACUGAUGUCUGCUGGGAUAAGUGUGUGGACAGUCCGGGCUCCAAGCUGGACUACCGGACGGAGACGUGCCUGGUGAACUGCGUGGAGCGAUUCAUCGACACCACCCUGGCCAUCACCAACCGCUUCACGCAGAUGGUGCAGAAGGGCACUUAAUGAUAAUGGACUGCACUGGGACUACAUACAUAGUUUAUAUUCCUAAAUUGAUGGGAGAUGAUGUGACUGAGUGUACAUGCUUAUGACAGAGUUUGAGAGAUAAUGGAACUCUGCAUGUGAAGUAAGAGGUGUUAUAAUGGGACCGGUAUGGUCUCAUAAUGAGGAAACUGGAGGAGGUUCUCCAGUGCAGAGGGAAUAUCUGCAAGCCUUGAAAAGUUUGAAAGAGUUAAUCCAAUUUUUAAAGAUACUGAUAAAUCUUAAUCUUAAUCUGAAAAAAAAAUAUUGUCUGAUUCUUCUUUUCAUCCACCUGCAACUAAAGAGGAUUUUCUUUCAGCAGCAGCAAAGGUUUGUCAGAUAUGUUUGAAAACUGAAAUGAUUAACAAUUAUUGUAUAAUUGAGACUACAGUAAGCAAGCAGAUGUGCAGUAGCAACAAAUACCUUUAAAACUUUAAUCCAUUUGCUUCUCGAUUAUAUUUCAUACGCUGCGGUAUUAAAAAAGCUGUGCAGACAUCCUGGUUAGAUCCAGCUCAGCGUGCAGCAAAGAAUUGGGGUCAGUGACAAGUUAAAAUUAGUCACUUUCUUCAUUUUACUUCUCGGAAAAUCAAUGCAGUACCAAAUCCAAAACACUUCCUCUGUAUCAGGCAGCCAGAGGAAAUCUGUCUGAAUAAAAUUCUAACUUUAAAUAAAUGUGCAACUAAUAAAGAAGUGCAAAGAACACUUGGUGACAUUAAGGUCAGAGUUGAUACGGUCAAGUUUAACCUUGUGACGCUCCGAUGUUCAAGUCAAAUUCAAUUUGAUGUGUGAAAAGUACUUCUAAUAUUUUCUAAUCCAAACAGGGCUUAAUUUCAACUAUGACCUGCUCAGUAUCGAUUGAACUCUGUGAUGAUUAUUAAUGCUAAAAUAAAUGUAUUAAUAUUAGCUGCUGCUGCUUCUUUCAGUCGCACCCUUUAUUGCUCGCCACAGCAGGUCAUCUGCCGCUAUCCCUCCUCUGCACAUGUCCAAACCAUCUCUUCUCUAACUUUGUCUCCAUGCUGCUCAACCUGAGCUGUCCCUCUUUUCUAAUCUUGUCCAUCCUGGUUGUCCUUGGUGACUCCUGCCUGUCAACCUUUGUAUCACCACUGGAAACAAGAAGGGCCUCCCUGAUGUACUCCCGCCCCCACCUUGAACCCUUUUUGGCACCCUAUCAUAUGCUUUCUGUGGAAAGACACUGGAACUCUUUCUGUCCUUCUCUGCAUUUCUCCAUCAUUAUUAUUAUUUUGUGAAUCAAUAGUAAGUUGAUUUAGCAGAGAAAAUUUCACAGGAUCAUAAUUCCUUUUUUCAGCACAUAGCACAGCGGACUCAUUAAGUCCAGGCUGCAGGUUGGUUUAAACGCUCCAUUUCAGAACAUUUCUCUGCUCUUGACUUUCUGUCAGAAGGAGAGGACUUCGUUAAUCAAGGCAUCUCAACACAAAAGCCCUACACACCUGCAACUCAGGUCAGCUUUUUAGAAGGGGCAGCCAGUCAGAAGAAAUUUGGCAUAGAAGAAGGGUGGCCUUAGAGGAUGCAUUAAGGGCCUGUUUGUGGUCUAAAAAAUACAAGGAUUGCUCUACAAAAACUCUCUCUCUCUCUGUCCCCAUCUAUCUAUCUAAAAAUAUAUAUUUGAAUAUAGUGCUUAAAAUAGUUAUUUUAUUUUUUAAAGUUACAAUCUGAUUGAAUAGUUCACUUAUGAGAUGGAGAAAGAAAAUGAGUUGUAAAGUCUAAAAUGAAAAUUUCUCCGCAUGUCUGCAUGUGACCUCUCAGUCUGUUUGUGACCUCGCCCCUCCCCCGAAGACAGACAGUCACCGUUUGAAUGAGUGUUGGCUGGAAAACUGCAAAUUCCAAUUAUGGAUAAGAAGAGCAUGGAAUUAUAUUUAGGUCAAAAGUCAAAAGCGAGAAAAAAACAUAAUCCACACAAAUGUCAUUCCACGAGCUCAGGUGUUCAUUCCUUGCGAGUAAAUUCAACAGCUCGCAUGCGCAGAACUCAGCAGUCGCCUCAGUGUGUGUGUGUAUAAAUUAUAUACACACACUGAGGUAGAAAUGAGCAUAACAGUUCCCCUUUAAUGAAUUCAAACACUCAGGUUUAAACCUCUUUUUUUUUUUUCUUCACACAACAGUUGGUCAAAUGUAAUGUAGUCUAUCCAUCCAUCCAUCCAUCCAUCCAUCCAUCCAUCCCCUUCUGCUUAUCCUGUUCAGGGUCGCGGG